GCGCGUCUGGCUUCAUGCAGUCCACAACAGCCCUAGUUGCAGCAGCACCAUCACCAGCACCUUCACGAUCACCGGGCACGUUCGCUCUCGGUCUUUAUCCGAUCGGCUCCCGAAUCAGCAUGGGUUAAGGAAGCGUGAUGCUGGGAUUACUUGCUUUUGAUACUUUGCCAGGAUUGGGGAGCUGGAUGUUUUUUUCUUUUUGCUAAAGGACAUUAAACAAAAAGAAAGAAGAUUCCCGAGUGGAUUUGCAUUUUUUCGAAGGGAUCUUUCUUUUCUUUCCUUUUUAUUUCUUUAUUUUAGAAAUGAUUGCAGAGUUAGUGUGCAGCGCCGUCGCUUUGGUCCUGUAUUUGAACACCUUGGGCGCCGAUUUCUGCUACGAUGACAGCCGUGCAAUCAAAACCAAUCAGGACCUGCUUCCAGAGACACCAUGGACACACAUCUUUUACAAUGACUUCUGGGGAACCUUGCUUACUCACAGCGGCAGCCACAAGUCCUAUCGCCCACUCUGUACUCUCUCCUUCCGCCUUAACUACUAUCUGGGGGGCAUGGACCCCUGGGGCUACCAUCUCAUUAAUGUUUUGCUUCAUUGUGCCGUCACAGGCCUGUUCACCAAGCUGUCACGGUUGCUUCUCGGUGGAGGUACCUGGACCCUCAUUGCAGGCCUCUUGUUUGCUUCUCAUCCAAUACACACUGAAGCUGUGGCGGGGAUUGUGGGCAGAGCUGACAUAGGGGCGGCUCUCUUCUUCCUGAUGUCCCUGCUCUGUUACAUGCAUCACUGCCUACUAAGAAGUCACUCUUUCAGAUGCUGGACAUGGCUAUUUGGAAGCUUUGUCUUUGCAGCUUGCAGCAUGCUCUGGAAAGAGCAAGGAGUAACCGUACUGGCCGUCUCGGCAAUUUAUGACAUCUUUGUGUUUCACAAGUUCAAAUUGUACCAGGUCUUCACUCUGAUAUUUAAGAAAAAGAAUACCUCUCUUCUGUUAAGUGUGAGUUCUCUGGCUACUUGUGGAGCUGCCUUAUUAACUGUUCGUUUGUACUGGAUGGGUAACAAACCUCCAAACUUUUCAAACUCGGAUAACCCAGCUGCUGAUUCAGACAACGCCAUAACGAGGACUCUGACUUUCUUUUACUUGCCAGCACUCAAUGUGUGGUUGCUCCUCUGCCCGAACACUUUGAGCUUUGACUGGUCUAUGGAUGCUGUGCCUCUAGUAAGGACCUUAGGCGAUUGGAGGAACCUUCACACUGUGGCACUCUAUGUUGGAUUACUAGCCUCAGCCUGGGUUAGCCUUAGAAACCCUCCAAAAAAUAAAGAGGCAAAUGGAAAAGCCCAUGCCAUGAAUGGGAAGCACAACUCUAAUGGUAACAGCCACAUACCGGAUAUAGGACACCAAAGCCACGAGUCUCACUCUCUAAAAACCGAGAAUGGUGUACAUAAUCAUUUCAUUACAAGGACUUCCCUGCCUGCUACAGAAAAUGUUGUAGCCUUCUCCAUAGGACUGCUGGUGGUGCCCUUCCUCCCUGCCACUAAUCUGUUUUUUUAUGUAGGUUUUGUUAUAGCAGAGCGUGUACUUUAUAUUCCCAGCAUGGGCUUCUGUUUACUUGUGACGGUGGCCAUGAGAUCCCUGUAUAUUAAGUUCAGGAGGAAGGUCAUGAAGAGCUUUCUUUUGUAUUGCACUGCCACUUUGAUUAUUUUAUAUGGAAUGAAGACAGUUUUAAGGAACCAAGACUGGCAGGAUGAGGAAAUGUUAUACAAGUCAGGGAUAAAUGUCAACCCAGCAAAAGCAUGGGGUAACCUUGGGAAUGUCCUCAAGAGCCAGGGCAAGAUGGCAGAGGCUGAAAAGGCCUAUAGAAACGCCUUAUACUAUCGCAGCAACAUGGCUGACAUGCUGUACAAUCUAGGUUUACUGUUACAAGAAAACAACAGAUUCUCUGAAGCCCUGCACUACUACAAGUUGGCCAUUGGAAGCAGGCCCACACUAGCUUCUGCAUACUUAAAUACGGGAAUCAUCUUGAUGAACCAAGGCCGGCUAGAUGAGGCUAAACGGACAUUUUUAACAUGUGCCGAAAUCCCUGAUGAAAACCUGAAGGAUCCUCAUGCCCACAAAAGCUCAGUAACCAGCUGCUUGUACAACUUGGGGAAACUCCUGCAUGAGCAAGGCAAACAUGAGGAGGCUCUGACUGCUUUUCGUGAAGCAAUACAGAAAAUGCCAAGGCAAUUUGCACCCCAAAGCCUGUACAACAUGAUGGGGGAAGCCUACAUGAGACUGAAUAAAGUGAGUGAAGCAGAGACCUGGUACCUGGAAUCCCUCCGAGCCAAACCAGACCACAUCCCUGCCCAUCUCACAUAUGGAAAACUUCUGGCACUUACAGGACAAAAGCUUGAAGCAGAAAGGUACUUUUUGAAAGCAAUUCAGUUGGACCCUUCCAAAGGCAGCUGCUACAUGCAUUAUGGUCAGUUUUUACUGGAAGAUUCCCGUUUUCUUGAAGCAGCUGAGAUGGCAGAGAAGGCUGCACAACUUGACAGCAUGGAGUUUGAUGUGGUCUUUAACGCAGCUCAUAUGCUCAGACAAGCCAGUCUCAAUGAGGCAGCUGAGAAAUACUAUCGACGAGCAGCAGGCCUGAGAUCAAAUUAUCCAGCUGCUUUAAUGAACCUUGGGGCCAUUCUCCAUCUAAAUGGUAAACUCCAAGAAGCAGAAGCAAAUUACCUCAGAGCACUCCAACUCAAGCCAGAUGAUAUUAUAACUCAGUCCAACCUUCGUAAACUGUGGAACAUUAUGGAGAAACAAGGCUUAAAAAUUCUGGGGACGUGAGGAAGUACUUAGAGUUGAACACUGGCAAAUUUGCAGGAAGGAAGAGUCAUUCUACAGAGGGAGAGUGUGUGUAUAUGUACAGUAUAUACACUCGGACAAAUGAACUAAGAAGCCACAUGAUGCAAGCCAUGUGUAAAAUCGGCUCUGUUUGGAGUCAAAGUCUUUGUAAUGACUUUCGACAAAGGAAUCCUGUAUCUGUGGCUGGUCCUUAGUAGCUUAAAAACAUUAAAGACUUUAGCAACAGUCCUCCCGGAAACCAGAGCACUUAACUUGAAGCAGGAACCUGCUGCAUACUUGAAGUCCUGUGGUAAAGCUAAUAUUGAUUUGUAACCAGUGUUUUAUUUUGUUUUAUUUUUUAUUUUAUUUUUUUCCAGUGGCAUUGUACAUUUCAGUAGUCUGAAUAGACAGGAAAACAAUAGGGAUUCACAUCCAGGGGUGCAAUAGUUAAUGUGUAUGUGUUUUAUUUCGUUAAUAUUUUGUUAGUCUUCUGUCAACAUGUGAAAAGAGCCUGGCAUCUUUCGAGUAUUCCUGAAUCCAAAAGAUGUUUCUUUCUCUGGUUUACCUAAAGCUUAAGUUCAAAAUUAUUAAUGAUAGUAAAGUCCUGGUGUGUGCCCACAGAAUUGUGCUAUUUACAUGUUAAGAGAUAAUUGAUUUGUACUCUUUAAAACAGUGGAAUAUGUCUGAAAACAUGGAAAACAGAUGAUGUGGUGAGUUAUUUAGAACUGUCUUGCCAUGAGUACAGUAUAAUUUAAGGAACCAAAAUGUGUAGACAUGGAGAGAUAAAAAUAUUUUUUUGAAAUGAAGCAGGCAGUGAUAUGUUAUUAAAAAGUGUUACAGGCCAGCUUGUGUUCCUUUGCAUAAGCUUAUAGUAUAUUACUUUUCAAGUGUACAUUAUGAGUGUAAUUACCCAUAAGCAAAAUAUUUUUAUAUGAUUAAUACGACUUAAUUUUAUAUCAAAGUGGAUGAUCCUGAAUAUCAUCCAGUAAUUUUCAUUUAAAUGUUACCUAAUCAUUGGAGGUUUUUUACGUUUUAUUGUUUGUUUUUUUUUUGGUCAGUCAGCUUCUACAGUAGUUUAAACUGACCAGUUGUAAAUCUCAAGGGGUUGCACAGUAUUGCGUAAAAUUAUAUAAAAGUGAAAAAAUAUUUUCUGGAAUCCGUGUACUCUAGAAUUCCUUGCCAUCUCCUUGUUGGACUCAGAGAAAUUGGAACUUAAGAAUAUUUCUGUUUGAUGGUUCAUCACUAAUGAGGCAAACCACUAAUGAGAUUUAUAGCCUUUUUAUACAGGACUUAUAAUUGCGGAGCUCAUUAGCUCCACACAAUGCACACCAACAUUUGAUAAUUAUACAUACUGUAUUUUUUCAUUCUUUUUAUGUGAGCUAGUUUGGAGAGUGGUAGUGCUAUUAGUUAGAUGGAGUCAUCCGUCUGUUCCUUCUCUACAAUUUAUUAUGUACAUUUCACCAGUUCCUAUUUUUCACCUUCUUUGGCUCUAAGAUACAGAACAUGUUCAUGCAGAAAGUCAAAAGUGGGGACCAACCCCAAUCUAAACCGAAAGAGACAAGGAGGAAAUAUUCUGUCCAGACUUGUUAUCAGCAAAUUGUAUGUUUUGUAUUCUUUUGUGUAUUAUUUAUAUGGGAGCCUGUAUGAAGUGCAUUUUUGGUACUGAUCACACCCACAAAUUCUAUGGGGAUGCUAUAGGAUUUGAAUGCUUUAACAUAAUGAAGGGUUAAAUCACCCUUUUGUUAGAUAUUCAGAUAGAGUUGGCUUAAAACAAAGUGAUAAAAAAAUUACAAUAGUGUAAAGCCAUGACUGAAUACAGUUCUAACCAAAUAGAUUUAUAAUUAUUGCACUCAUUAAUACUCAUGAUGCAUUUUUAUAUAAGGAGUUCUUUUAACGUAUUUGAUUCAUUAUUUUUCUUGUUUUCUCUUUGUAAUUAUAUGCAUUUAAAAAUAUAAUAAUAAAAUAUGUUGCAGCCAACACUUUUUAGAUUGAGGAGACCCUGAGAAUUAGUCAAACAUAUAUGCAAACUUUAGAAAUGUCAUCCAAGCAGCAAAGCUUUGUAUACUUCCAAACAAAACAACUGUCAAGGUAGAACCUAAUUUUACAUGUUUGAAUAUUUAGUUUUAAAUCUGUGCUUUAAUUAUUCACAUUGCAUUGUCAUUGUUACAGUAUUUAUUGGGAGUUUUGUCUUCAUCCUAGCACUGCAGCUUAGGAGGAUUUGGUUUGAGCUACAGAUGUCAUCGUGGACAUAUCUGCUGAUAGUCAGAGACUGAAUAUUUUCGGUCUCAAGGUAAUUCCCUGAUGUGGUAGCUGUAGAUCAAGAGUGCAGAAGUGGCCGCAUAUUUUUUUUCCCCAACUACUUUCUUAAAUAUAACUCAAUUUUUCUUGUUAAUACAUAAUCAGACGGUAUGAGUUAGAUUUUCUCUCAAUGAGAAAAAUUAAUAUUAUUACCAGUAUGUGUUCACUUUUUUUUUUUUUUUGCGCAACCAAAUUUUCCCUUUUCAUGUGUCUUCAAGUACCAGAAUCAUCCCUCCCCACCUUGCAGAAUUGUCACUGACAGUCGUCCUUGGGUGGGGGGGGGUCAUACCCCAUUGUGAAUCUCUGGCAACAGUCAUGCUUGGUCACCCUUGAAGAAUCACCAAAAACAGUCAUCCCUACCCCUUGACGAUCACUGACGAACGUUACAGAGACCCAUUGCAACACACUCCGCAAAACUAUACACAAUAUAAACUAUUCACAGUUGUGAAUCAUGACCCUGCGUGACUCAAAAUGUGACAACACACAGUCCAAAAUGGGUUGCAACUAUUAAUUUACGUACCUUUGUUCUACAGAAAACAAAUAAAACAUUCGGUGGACCAUAGUAGAUGAACACAUCCUAAGCCUUUUUGUUUAUUUCUAUCUACCAAAUCUUCCAAGUAAGAAUGAGUUGGCAAUGAGUUAACUGCUCUUUUUUGGUUGUCUUCUCAUUAACUCAGAAUGUUAACAAGAGAGUUAAACUAUUGAAAAAGUAACCAUAGCAAAUGAAGUGUAUCCAUACACCAUUAUAUACUAAAUCCUUCUGAAUUUCACACAUUCUGGUAAUUUCCUUAGUUGAAAAUAUAAAGUCUGGUUGUGCCAUUUAAUUAAAUGGGAAGUUUAAUUAGCAGCAGGGGGUGACCUUAAGUUAAGAAAAUUGGUUUGAAUGAAAACCUGCAGCCAAAAUAACACUCUUGGACUAAGACCGUCUAACUAUUCAGGUUUCACAUGGAGAAGUGCAUUUAUUCUGCUCAUCUACUGCCAUAACUUUUACAUUCCAUUGUUUUUCCAUGGCAGCCAAAAAAUUGUAAAGUAGGAGUAAAUGUCAGAAUCUUAGUAAUUGUUCUGUAGGCCAUAAUAGGAGUUACUGCAACUCUUAAUGUUAUUGUAAUUGUAUAUAGUUAAGAAAGCAAAACGACCAAUUUUCGCACUUAAGGACGUCAAAUUAUGCUCCCGUUUACAGCAUCUUUUUAAGAGACCUGACUGCAGCUUUACUUUCCUUGUAUUCUUUAAGUGUGUGGUGUCAUUUGUAGCUCAUACACGUCACUAAUUGUUCUGUAUUUUUUAUAAAUUGCCCAGACCUACAAAAAUACUCCUAUGAUGCUGUCGUAGCAUAUAAAUCAGUGUCAGUGUCAACACUGUGUUGUAAGUAGUAACAAUAGGUGGGUCUGCCACAUCGGGAACCUUUUCAGCUAGCUCUUGCUGUGGCAUACACAGACUGCUGCUUAAAUAAUGUUGUUAAAUUUUUCUCGUGGGGAAACUAUUUAAAAGAUAGAGAAAAAAAGAAAAGAGUUUGUAAACAAGUGUUACAAUUUAUGUCUCUGCUCAGGGAUUUCAAAUGGUUGGUUAUUGCAGACAGUGCUCUUGGAGCACAAAGCAAGUUUACUAAAUUAAAAAAAAAAUAGUUUUAUUUUUUUGAAAAUUGUUGUAUUUGUAUAAAUUAUCAAGAUUUGUAGGCUGUCCUUUUUGUAAGAUAAAACAAAUAAUUAUGUGCCAGAUUAGGCUAUCCCAAAUAUUGUUUUCCACAAUAAAGCAAUGAUAACAUGCA